GUAGUUGUGCUAGAGACAAAGGGAGGGUAUUUUCGAACCCCUCGCGCGUUUCUGGGGUAGCCUGCAUUGCGCAUUCAGCAUUCACGAGACAGGCGCAUUGUGGCGACGCCGCGCCGAAGUCGACGGUUAUCGCCAACCGGGACAACGCACUCCAGGAAAGUAGGCUCGCAAAACAACCAGCGACCUCGGUCAGAAGGGGGUGCCUGAAUUGAGCCCUACAGCUCCUACAUCAGUCACCACUUCAACCAGCUGGUUAGCCGGAAGUCAUCAGCUAAAUGUGGGGCAGGGCUAACAUGGCAGGUGUGACUCUUGUACUUGGCCUGAUGUGUAUGCUCGUUCUAGGAGAAGCAGGAAACACGGAAGUAACGAGCGUCGACUCAGAAGCGGAAGCAAUAUUAGAACGAGCAACCUUGUGGCUUUGGAGUCAAAGGGACAAGGACGCUGGUUGGAAAAAUGAUACUCACAGGAUCUUGCUGGCCCUUAGGUUGGCAAAUUUAUCAAAAGACGACAAUAUUCCUCCUGCAGCUUCUUUAGAAAUGCAACUCAGUACCAAGCAGAUGGAAUUGGAAAUUGUCCUUCUCCUUUGGAGACACAGAGAAGCAGGAUUUUCACCAGUUCGAUUGGCCCGUUACACAUUGGCUUUAAAUGCUCUUUGUAUGGAUCCAAGACAGUUUUACGGACAUGAUUUAGUCGGAACAUUGCAGCAUCAUGAAGAACCCCCAACGGACUAUGAAUUCGCGCUUACCACAUUAGCUGUUUGUAGUGCUCAAGCUCAUGGUCGCAAAAGACAAAUACGAAGGCUUUUAGACAUCGCAAGCUCUCCACAGGAUCACAAUUUAGACACAGUAGCAAUGGUGAUUCUCGCAUUGCGGUGUAUUGUCCAGGAUCACAGGCAUAGAAAUUUGCAGCAUUUUGUACGAAAGCCUUCCUUAAGUUUGGCCCGGCAACAACGGCAUGAUGGAAGUUUUGGUGAUCUUCACACUACGACUUUAGUGAUGCAAGCUUUAGAAGAGACAGAGAAUGAACCAACGGAUACGUGGAAUAGAACAGCUGCACUAGCUUGGCUUUCGAGUCGUCAAAAAACUGAUGGUUCCUUCGACGGAGAUAUCCGACUCACUGCUGAAGUUAUUCUUGGCGUUGUACCUCAAGGAUUGGCCACUAUUAGGGCUUUAGAUUGUGGACAAGGACUUACUGAUAUCACUCCUCCACGUCUCACUACAAAUGUUGCAGAUUUUUCCGUAUCCAAAAACCACCCUGACAUACAAAAUACUUCGUAUUUGGGAAAUAUGAGCAUUGCUGGGUCGGAAAUAUUGACAACACAAACGCCGAUUCUAGUCAACGUUUCAUACACCCUUUGGGUUGGAAGCAACGUGAAUGAAACUUAUAAUAUCUGCGUCACAUCACUUAAAAACGAGACUUUUUAUAGUGUAAUGCUUUUGGCUGCGGAAAUGUCACCGCAUUUUCAAUUCCAAGCUUCCGAUUGGCCAAAUGGACACUAUGUUCAUACUCUGGCUGGUUAUAGGGAGGAACCGAUGUCCUAUCACUAUUGGCUGCUUUAUAGACUGCCGACACCACCAGAACCAUCUCUACCACCAGGAAACCAAUUUGUUGCUCCAGGAGGUGUGGACGAUUUGCAAAUUAGUGAUGGAGAGCACUAUCUUUUCUGGUACAAGAAAUUGUAAGAGAAAGAAGAAGAGGCUGAAGAAAUGCACGAUGGGUUCAAGGAGCUAAAAAUUAAUGACAAAUUAAGAAUGUAAGUGGUACAGAUCUUUUUUAGCCCUUAGUGCGUUUAUAAAUAGUAAAUUCAGAACAAUAAAAAAGCCAUUGUGCACAACAAUGAAAGAUGCCCUUGCAAAUUUUCAAUGCCAUGUGAGAUCUUUAUGAAGUCAUAAAAGACUUCUUUCAGAGUUGUGUUCUUUGAGAAGCUCGACCGUUGCAUUUUCGUCAGCUACAUAUAUCAAGUUAAUGUAAAAUAACUAGUUACGUAAGCUAUAUUAAGUAAAACAUUUUUUAUGAAACAGCAAUGCACAACCAUAUUGUAUUUAUUAUAUCAUAUUAAUAUUUAAUAAAUUCUAAGCGUA